CGCGACGCACGCCUCCCGCUCCAACCAAUCAUCAGCGCGCCGAGCAACCGAGCAGAGCAGCCUCGGCGAAUCAGCUCACCGACCGCCCGGGGUUGGUAUAGACCGGUAGAUAUCCAAAUCGCACGCUGCCAGAAAGGCAGAAAGCUCGCUUUUCUUCCACCGACGAGAGUGACUGACCGUGAGAGCAAGGAGACGCUUGAGCUGAGCUGAGCUUCCCCUGCCGCUCGCGACCCAGCUGCUGAGCUGCUCUGAUGGGCGCCGCGGGAGCGGCUGCGGCUCCGCCGGCGCAUUGCCGCCGGCUGCAGCUGCUGCUACUUGCCCUGGCCCUCGUGCCGCUUGGUGGCCAUGGGUUUCGCGUCCGUGCCAUGGGGGCGGACACGAGCGGGCUGAGCCGGGCGGCGUUCCCCAAGGAGUUCGUGUUCGGGACGGCGGCGUCGGCGUACCAGGUCGAGGGCAUGGCGGCGUCCGGCGGCCGCGGACCCUGCAUCUGGGACCCCUUCGUCCACACCCCAGGAAACAUUGCUGACAAUGCGAAUGCCGAUGUCACAACCGAUGAAUAUCAUCGCUACAAGGAAGAUGUUGAUCUCAUGAAAAGCCUGAAUUUUGAUGCGUAUCGGUUUUCAAUCUCCUGGUCCAGAAUUUUCCCAGAUGGUGAGGGAAAAGUUAAUGCAGAUGGUGUAGCGUAUUACAACAAUCUGAUAGACUACUUGGUUAAGCAAGGGCUUACUCCUUAUGCCAACCUUAACCACUAUGAUCUUCCACUGGCGCUUCAGAAAAAGUAUCAGGGCUGGCUAAGCCUGAAAAUUGUGGACAUAUUUGCAGACUAUGCCGAUUUCUGUUUCAAGACAUUUGGUGAUCGAGUCAAGAAUUGGUUCACAUUCAAUGAGCCAAGGAUAGUAGCAGCACUUGGCUAUGAUACUGGGACGAACCCCCCUAACCGGUGCACCAAAUGUGCUGCUGGUGGGAACUCAGCAACAGAGCCCUACACUGUUGCUCACAACAUUCUCUUAUCUCAUGCUACUGCAGUUGCGAGAUACCGCAAUAAGUACCAGGCAAGUCAGAAAGGCAAGGUCGGGAUAGUCUUAGACUUCAAUUGGUAUGAACCUCUUACCAACUCAACUGAAGACCAAGCAGCAGCUCAAAGGGCCAGGGACUUCCAUGUUGGUUGGUUUCUUGAUCCAUUAAUAAAUGGACAAUAUCCAAAGACAAUGCAGGACAUUGUGAAAGAUCGGCUACCAAGUUUCACACCUGAACAAGCUAAGCUAGUCAAGGGUUCAGCAGAUUAUUUUGGGAUCAAUCAGUAUACUGCUUACUACAUGUCAGACGAACAGUCACCUCAGCAAGCACCAACAAGCUACGGAGCCGAUUGGGGUGUUUCAUUCAACUUUCAACGAAAUGGCGUACCAAUUGGGCAACUGGCGAAUUCCAAUUGGCUUUACAUCGUCCCAACGGGCAUGUACGGGGUUGUGAACUACCUAAAGGACAAGUACAAAAAUCCGACAAUAAUUAUAUCUGAAAAUGGAAUGGAUCAACCCGGGAACCUCACACGCGAAGAGCUCCUCCACGACGCCGUGAGGGUCGAGUUCUAUAAGAACUACCUCACCGAGCUUAAGAAAGGGAUCGACGACGGCGCGAACGUGGUCGCCUACUUCGCGUGGUCUCUCCUCGACAACUUCGAGUGGCUGUCGGGCUACACGUCCAAGUUCGGCAUCGUCUACGUCGACUUCACGACGCUCAAGCGGUACCCCAAGGACUCGGCCUACUGGUUCAGGGACAUGCUUUCAGGGGCUGGUUCAAAAGCCAGUAGCCCUCAGACUGGUUCAGAAACUUCAGGCACUCAUCCGGCUGGUUCAGCCGCCUCAAGAAGCCCAUCGUUACUGCCUCUGUUGGUUUCAUUGUGCUCUGUUCUUCCCGCCAUCUUCAUGGUUUCCUCCAUUUAAAUCUUUUCCCCUGUUGUAACAGUACUGAAUAUGUAGUAGCCGCCAUUGGCAUUUUUGUUUUAGAGACAUGUUGCAGCGACGAGAGACCUGUCGUACGAAUGGGACUAUGAUUCAGCGCUGCUUUUUUUUGGCGAGGAUUCAGAGCCAGCUUUGUACGGAUAUCAUGUUUACGGAUAAAUCGAUGCUUUUCGUGUGUCUGCA